UUUAACUAAUUUACUAGAUGCCGCUGACAUGAUUUGAUAUGAUCGCGGACGGGGGUCACAGAACGCCCGGGGGAUAAAUUGACUACCGAUUACAGUAUAAACUUGAUCAUCAAAGGAACAAAAGGACAAAAGUUAAUACUGGUAUGUCUUUUAUAGAAACCUAAAGGCUUACAAAAAUUGUAUACCGGUACGUUUUGAAACGCCACUACUUUUGUAGCAUUUUUGUUAUGGAUCGACCACUCGUUACACGAGACCAAGCUAUUGAUUUGGCAGACGAAAUAUUUGGCUUCAAAGUUGAUUCAAGCUCGGCAAAAAGUGCCAAAGAACUAGACAGCUAUGAUGAUCGAAAUUUCUACCUGCGUGGCAUGAAAGAUGGCAAGGAAGGUGAAUUUUUACUUAAAGUUUAUAACCGCUGUUUUGAAGAUCGAAAAGUCAUUGAUGCUAUUCAUAAGAUUAUGUUUUGCUUGAAAGAUGGAGGGGUCAUUUGCCCGUUGCCACAAAAGACUGUAACAGGCAAUUAUCUAGAAAUACGGAAUUUACCAGUAACACCAGGCAUACAGGAGGCAAAAAAGCCCAAACUUGAUGAAAAGAAUGAUUUAUCCCUAUGUAUUGUGUGUCUGUUCACGUUUGUGCCUGGCAAGACAAUAAAAGAUUUUCAAGAUCAUGGUCACACAUUCAAAGAUGAGCUCUUCUACCGGGUUGGUCAGAUUGUGGCUAAUGUUGCUAGUGCAUUAAAGGUAUGUAAUUUAUAAGAUAUUGAUAAUUUAUUACAAAUAAAAUCCAACAUAAUCAGUAUCAAUUAAAUUAUAUGUAUGGCAUGACACUUUUUGUGUGCCGGACAUAUGGCAAAGUGUGCACCAAAUACAAAUAAAUAUAUUAGCAGGAGCAAGGUUGACAGGUUGUGCAUGGCACAUGUUUCGUGCAUAUCAGAUAUCACCUUCAUUUCAUACUGCAACUGAUAUUAAUCAAUCAACAAUCAGUGAAGACAAGUUUGGUAACUUCAUUGAUUGGUAUUGAUAUUUAUUGAUUAGAAUUAGGCCAAAUAAAAAAAAAUACUUGGUUAGCGUCACACUCUCACAAAUUUUCAGAGGCGGGCGGGCGGAUUUUUUUUUUAAUUUUUACUCGUUUUUUAAUUUUUUAAUAGUAUUUUUGGAGGAGAUGGGGGGGGGCGGUUUUUCCACCAUAUCGGUGAUAUUUUUUGUACUGAUGUUGCGAAGGCCGCCAUUUUGCUUUAAGAACCUUGUAUACCCAAGCCUACGCGCUCCUAUCGAUCAGUAUAUAGCGCGAAGGUCUGAGCAUGAGAAAAAUUUCAAAUAUUAAACUGUUUUAAGCUGUAAAACGAAGAGAUUUACAUAAAAAAAAAAUUUUAAAAAAAUUCAGAGGCGGCAGAAAAUCGAGAGGCGGGCGGUGACGCUAACCAAGUAUUUUUUUUUUAUUUGGCCUUAAUAGAUAUAUUUAUUCAUAACAAUUGAUGAAUUGACCAUGCUUGCAGAUACUUGAUUACUUGUAGAUACUUGAUUACUUAUAGUUAGGCAAAUGUUGCAUUGAUUGAAACAUUAUUAUUCAUUGUGUGACUAAAGACUAAAAUAUAUUGUAACAUAACAUGAUAGUUUGUCAAUAUUUAUAAAGGUGGAAACCUUGGUAAUGUUUCUGAGAGGAAUUUCAGAGGUAAAUUGCUCGAAAAUAGUUCUCGAUUUCUAUUCAUGUGAAUAAUGCCUGACUUUCAUAGUGUGGGUCUUGUAAAAAAGGCAAC